UAUUUUGGAAAAUAAAAAAAUCCUAUUAAACAAAAGAAAAAUGAUAAUUGUUGUUGUUAUUCACAAAAAAAAGAAAAAAAAUUGUUAUUUAUUUAUUUUUAUGAAGGAACAAUAUAUGAUGAUUGUUAUUUAAAACGUAUUUAUGGUUUGUAUUCAAAAUAAUGAAAUAAUACACACACGCAGGAAAAUCAUGCAAGUACACGUGUGUGUCUAAACAACAAAGAUCAAAGAUCCAAACUUUCUGCCUUUUGUUUUCAUUUUCUCAGAACUUUGUUUUUAUCAAAUUAUCAGAAAAGAAAUUACAUGAAAGAGUUGAAUUUGAUAUAGCUACCUAGGCUGCCUGCUAGUGUAUCUGAUUUCACACAAAACCACUCUCUUUUAUUUUAAUCUUUAAUAAUAAAUAAUAAAUAAUAAUUAAUUAUAUAGUACUUGAUAAUAAUAUUAGUGUAAAUAGAGAGAGAGAGAGAGAGAGAGAGAGAGAGAGAGAGUGGUACUGGUAGUGUUGAUGGAUAACCAAUAGCCCAAACAGUCUUAGAUACUCUGUGUGCUGAGCUUCAAGAAUCUUUUGAUUUGGUCUUUUGAAGAUCUUUUGUUGAUUCUCAUGGCGGCAAUAACACCCCCACUCCAAUCUCAGAGACCAGAUCGUACUUCACCUUCAGAAGAGAAACCUGCUGAACUAGAUAAUCUGAAGGAGCAGCAGCUCUCAGCAAAGAAUGAAGGAUCAAUUCCUCCAAAUCCUUCACAGGAUGCUGCCACUGUAGGUAAUCUGAGGGAUCCAGUGGUACAGUCGGGAUCUUUGGCUUCUGGCGGAGAUCGAACAGUCUAUCCACCUAACAUUUAUGCUCCACAGGCCCAGCCAUUCUACUAUAGAGGUUAUGAAAAUGGUGAAUGGGAUGAAUAUCCUCAGUACCUCAAUGCUGAAGGAUUGGAUAUGGGGUCUCCUGGUGUGUACAACGAAAAUCCCUCUCUUGUGUUCCAUUCUGGAUAUGGUUACAAUCCACAAAUGCCAUAUGGACCUUAUUCCCCAGUUACAACACCUUUGCCUUCUGUAGGUGGAGAUGCACAGAUGUACUCCCCACAGCAAUUUCAGUAUUCAGGGCCACCUUAUUAUCAGCAGUUGGGCCCAUCUAGCAUGCCGUACAUGAGUUCACGAACUCCAGGUUCACAGCCAGAGCUCACUACAUUGCUAGGUGCUGACCAGCAAGGAGAUAGCAUGCUUUUUGGACCAAGGCCUGGUUAUUCUGCUGUAGGAUCUUUUGGCAGAGGCAGCUUUCCUGGAAAUCCUGGCAGUCCUGGCUUUCAUGAUAUGCAGCAAGGUUUUGAUGGAUUGAGAUCUGGAGGAAUUUGGUCAGAUUGGUCAAAAUCCUCAGACAGGCAGAGGUCUUUUACUCCCUUGUCACCGGCAGCUUCUCCCCAGCCCAUUGGUCCAAUUGGGUCAUUUGGGCAGAAUGCUGGAAUGGCAUCCCAACAUCAAAGAUCUCCUUAUGGAUUUGGAUCUGGUUCAAACUCUUACAGUAGAGGCUACUUGCCCAGCGGCAUUAGUCAGGGCUCUAGUGCAUCCUUUGCCAGUUUGGGAACAAACAGUAGGGGAUGGCUCUCACUUGACAGUACCAAACGGCGUAUGAGGGGUAGCGUUUCACUGUGCAGCUGUAAUGGAACUCUUGAUAUUCUUAAUGAACAGAACCGAGGACCAAGGGCCUCAAAACCAAAGAGUCACAUUAUUAUAGAUGGUACCUCUGCCGACAAUAACAAACACAACACGACAACUGUUAAGGCUCGUGAUGAAUUAUACAAUCGUCUUGACUUUUUAACAGAUUACAAGGAAGCUAAAUUUUAUAUCAUCAAAUCAUACAGUGAAGACAAUGUUCACAAGAGUAUCAAAUAUGGUGUGUGGGCAAGCACACCAAAUGGGAAUAGAAAGUUAGAUGCUGCAUACCGUGAAGCUAAGGAAAAGCAAGAAAACUGCCCAGUCUUUCUCUUCUUUUCGGUGAAUGCUAGUGCUCAGUUCUGUGGAGUAGCUGAAAUGGUUGGGCCUGUUGAUUUUGACAAGAGUGUAGAUUACUGGCAGCAAGAUAAAUGGAGUGGCCAAUUUCCUGUGAAGUGGCAUCUCAUUAAAGAUGUACCCAAUAGUCAGUUUCGUCAUAUUGUGCUUGAGAAUAAUGACAACAAGCCUGUCACCAACAGUAGAGACACUCAAGAGGUAAAGUUGGAGCAGGGUAUUGAGAUGUUGAAGAUCUUCAAAAACUAUGAAACUGAUAUGUCCAUUCUAGAUGAUUUCGACUUCUACGAAGACAGGCAGAAAGCAAUGCAAGAACGAAAGGCUCGUCAGCAAGCCAGUGUAGUUGGUGUUGGUGUUGCAAACGAAAAUGAGCAUAGAAAUUCUGUUGCAAUAUCAGGUGGUUUUAUAAAGCAAAUGUCUAAGAGUUUUGCCCAAGUUGUACGGCUAGACGAGGGUAGUAAAGAACCUUCCCUGGUUGAAAGAGCAACGCCUGCCAAUGAUGUUUCGGUGGGCAAAAUUGUAAAACUCGAAGAUGCUAUUACAGCAGCCGUAUCUCCUGCUCAGAGCAGUUAAUAUUGUGAUCUGGUUUGUUGUGCCAUAUGUGACACAAAACAUCAAAUUUACUAUGGUUUUCAUUAUUUUGUGAUAAAAUGUAGGCUCUUAUGUCUACUUAAUUUAUUAUUGUAUUGUAUGUUCAUCAAAUAUGGGUAUUUUAUAAGUUCUCGAAGCCUGACGAGCUUCUUGUAUAAUAAUAUGCUUCACAAGAGCUGCAUUUCAAUUGUAGCCAUUAGUUUCUC